CUUCAUCAGCAUGGACCAAUAUUGACUAACUGCUGGCCUGAGUCUGUGUCACAACGAAUGAGGAACUGCCAUUGGCUCACUUCUUACCAAACCAAAUCAGUAACAUUUCACAUCACACCGGCCUUUCUUUCAACACAAGGAAGCGCUAAAUGAGCUGAGGGGAAUUUGCGUCAGAGAUUGCCCCAAAGUCUUUCAAAUGCACUUCCUCCACUGUCAAUAAUCACCCAGAAGUUACAAAGGAACUUUUAUUCUGCUGGUUUGAAACUGGUCAGGAGAUCGCAUUUAAAGCACUGCACCUUAAGGAAAUUAAUUUAGUUCAUUCGGCAGUUUCCCCAUCUUGACUGAAAGGACUGGAUACAGAUGGAGGAGUUUGAGGGCAGCGCUCCGGGCCGGGUGACGGUCUACUCAAUCCAGGGCUGCCCGCACUGCGUGCAGGCCAAAGCCACCCUCGGACGUCUGGGAGUGCCGGUGUGCGACGUGGAUAUGGGAAGGCACCCGGAGCUGAGAGCCAGGGUGAAGGAGCUGACGGGACGGAGCUCGGUCCCCCAGAUCUUCUUUAACAACAUUCACGUCGGGGGCAACGACGACCUGCAGAAAUUGGCUCCUGAGGAGCUUCAAAGGUUGGUGAAUCUGGUGAAGAAGGAGCCUCUUCCAGCAGAUGCUCCACCACUACCGGAGGAGAAUCCGCCACAGGACGCGGCGGGGGGGACGGAUGGAGAGUUUGUGUGUGAGAAAGAUGAGUUGGCAGACCUGGUAGGGGACCUCAAACACGCCAACGUGAUUGGCAGUCAUAGGAGGGGACUGACAGUGUACAAAAAGAGCUUCUCGUGUGAUCAACUGGUUGACUGGCUGCAGAAAGAAAAGGGCAUGGCCAGGGCCGAGGCCAGUAGCACCGGCCAGGCGUUGUUGCAGAAGAAGUACAUGGUCAGUGUGCGUGCCUCGGGCCUGCAGGAAGGCAGUUUUGAAGAAGGGAAAGACGCACUGUACAGGCUGCUGGAGGACGACCCAAAUUCAGCCCUAAAUGCUGGGCAGACGGCCGCGUGCAGCCCCAUCCCGGCGGCCGAACUCUCUCUGCUUGUGCGGGAGCUGAUUCUGAAAUUGUUCUCCGACCACCUCUCCGCCGACGGGAAGUCCGUGGACUACAAGGGCAUGCUGGGGAACCCCGCCUUCGACCGCUACUGUGAGCUCGCCGUCCAGCUACAGCGGGUGGAGCUGCUGUCACUGAGUCGGGAGGAGAAGCUGGCCUUCUUCAUCAACAUCUACAACGCCCUGGUCAUCCACGGGUCCCUCCGCCUGGGGGCCCCCACCAACAUGUGGCAAAGAUACAGAUUUUUCAACUACGUGAGCUACCUGAUUGGAGGAGAAGUGUUCACAUUGCAGGACAUUGAGAACGGCGUUCUGAGAGGGAACCGAAAAGGUGUCGCGCAGCUUCUGAAACCCUUCUCCAAAACCGACCCGCGGCUACAAGUGGCCCUUCCAGAUGCUGAGCCCCUCAUCCACUUUGCCUUGAACUGCGGCGCGAAGGGCUGCCCUCCAAUUAAAACGUAUACUCCACAGGACAUCGACGGCCAGCUGCGCACGGCGGCCGAGGCCUUCCUGGAGAACGACGAAGCCUGUUUGGUGGAUUCCGGGAAAAGUGAAGUGCGGCUCAGUCAAAUAUUCAAGUGGUACAAAGCUGACUUUGGGGGAACUGAUGAAAAGCUGCUGAACUGGGUGCUGGAGCACAUGGGCGACUCUCCGAAGAAGACCAGCCUGCAGGGUGUCCUCUCCGCGGGGAAGACCAAAGUCAGCUUCCUCCCCUACGACUGGGGCACCAACAGCUCCCACUGAGCACAGACCACACACACACACGCAUUCACGUCCAGCUAUACGCAAAGUCUCUCCGCAUUUGUCUGCUUUCUACUGAGCUGCAUCUUCUGAUGAACCGGGGUGGUGGUGGUGAUGAUGAUGAUGAUGAUGAUGUGCUUGCCUAAUGCAAUCCAAUGGUCCUCAACCAUGCAAAUGGUUUUUAUGCAAUAUAAACUGUAAAUCCAAGCGGUGGGAGGGGCACUUUUGCACUGUACCAUCGACUCGUACUAAUUUUUAUUUUUUAGUUUUUUUUGGCUCAUUCUAGCUUUAAGGUCAUGUGUUGUUGGAAGCUGCAUCAACUUAAUUGGCUUCAAAGUAAAAGCGGUGAGCUGGCAGAAAUGAUAUUGCACACUUUGUUCUGCAGCUGACUAACCGGAUGAGAUACACAUUAAGCGUGUUAUUGACUCCCCAUAUUAAUGUCUUGUGUAAAAUGUCAAAGCCUGAACAUUUCCCAGAUUAUGUGAGUAAAUUAACAGCCAACAACGGCGUUCUUUAUAGUUAUUAUAUUGUCAAUCUUUACAAUGGUUUCCAUGAUCUCCAGUCCUUUACCAAUAUGUCCACACUCAGGAAUUAUAUUCAUUUUUCAAAGCUAUUUUUUUCUUUCUCCGGAUAAACACCCUCUAAGAUGCUGCUGUGGUCACAGGUUGGACCAUACCUGUGGCUAUGGGGGUGGGAGUGGGGGGGGCUCCUCUUAUAGGCUCCAAUCACUGAGUAAAAAUAGAACGUGCUUCCUGUUUCGAGCGCACAGGCCGAUGCAGUGCUCGGGAUUUUGGCCCUUUAAUACCUAAUUUUAUAGUAGUAUUUUGUUUCGUCUCUCUCUGCCCCUCUUUUUGAUCCAGGUCUUCCAUUUUAAAUGAAAAAGAGCUACUGAUGUUUUGUAAAAGAUAUUUGUAAUGAUCACAACUACAUCCCUGACACUUGCAUGUUUAUUAACAAAUUUGAAUGCUGUUGAGACAUAUUUGCACCUUUUUACUUACAAUGUGGUCUGUGAAAAUAUUUUCAUAGCAUUUCAUUUCUUCAGAAGUUAAAUGUAGCAGUUUGUGUGGAUUGAUUUUGUGUCCACGCAGGCUUUCUGAACUGUACAGGAUCUUUUUCUUUUUUUUUUUUUUUUUUUUCAAUCAUUGAAAUUCAACUAAAUCUGUUUUUCAUUUCACCUGGCCUUAAACGUUUUUAACACCCUUUUUAUCAUAUAUCUUCCAGUGUGACUGUCAUACAUUUACUUAAUUGAAUUUAAUGUUUAUGAUUAUAAGGAGUGUGUAGCUUGGAAAACCUUUUUUCUGCCACCUUUGUUUCCAUAAUUGAAGGUUUUUCCGCAUCUCAGGUCAGAAGAAAAUGUGAGAGAAAACAACAUUGGGUUGCUGUCCUCAGCGUGAUGCACGUUGUGUAUCACGCUGCCCCGUGUGCACAGUCUGUGCCCUUUAGGAAAGACACUGUCCUACACGUUACGGUUUCUUUGUUCUUAGGCUUUAAGUAGCACCAAACAUCAGUCCAAGGAAACUUGUAUUAAAACUGCAGCGCAUUUGCUUCACAAGACACUAGAAGAAUCACCGAUCUCGUAGCAGGAGGUGCUGAUUUGUUUCUGGCCUUAACCUCAUCCACGAGAAACAGUUUGACCGUAACGUAAGAGAUUCAACCCUGCACCUCUGUUUCAGCUAAAGACGGUGGACAUGAACACUUGGAGUGGGACAAAGUGGACAGAAAAAAGGUUUGGUUUACCUUUAUUGAUCAUCCUGUACUCUCAAUUACCUCAUUUAUCGGGAAAAGUGUGAUGCAAAAGGUUUUUUAAACCAGCAAUUCAAAUAUGCUAUUUUCCUCUUUCCUUGGAGUCAACAAUAAAGCAAUAUGUUUAUGAAUAAUUAUGCAAUGCUGAAAUAAAAUACGUUAUCUGCU